AUGUCAGAUUCCAAUUACGCUGCUUGUUUAUGUGGUAAAAAGCGAUUAAAGUUAAAUGAAACAAACUGGAAAAGACAUUUGACUUUUUGUAAAGUCGCAAAAUUAAAAAAAAACAAUACCGUUGUCGAUGUACAUAAUUUUUUUACAAAAAAACGUAAAAUAAAUAAUGAAGAUGUACCAGAAAAAGAUAAUUGUGAUCAAAUAGAUAAAUGUCAAUUUAAUAAUUCAACAACAAUAAUUGAUGCAGUACAUUCAGAUAGUAUUCAUUUGGCUUCAGUCACUUCAGAUUUAUCUCGGUCUGGUAAUGAUUUUAAGUCUAAACAACCAGUUGGAACCAAUCAUGUAGACUUAUCUAACGAUCCCGAUAAAUAUAAAAUGCUUGUUGAUUUAUCACCUACGAUAGUUGAUUUUUUAAUUAAAAAAGGACCUAUGCAGCCAACUGUUGAUGAUCUUCCUACUCGUGUUUUUCCCAAAGAUAAAUUUGGCCGCAGUUUCCAGACUUCAUGGUAUUGGAAAUCUCUGCCUGGUAAUGUAAAUGUCAGAAGAGAUUGGCUCAGUUAUUCUGUAUCAAGUGAUAAAAUGUUUUGUCAUCAUUGUUUAUUGUUUGGGCGCAAUAUUAACAAAGCAUGGUCUGUAGACGGAGUUGCUUCGUGGCCGAGAGCUUUGCAAAGUAUGCAAAUUCAUGAAUGUUCAGAAGCACAUAUUGAAGCUUCCCUUAAAUUAAAAUUGAAAAAAAUAUCAUUACCCAUACUACCUUUAUUAGAAGAAAAACAUAGACGAGACAAAGCUAUUAACAAAGAGAUUGUUCUGGACUUGAUUGAUAUUACUUUUUUCCUUGCAAAAAACUAUUUAGUUCAUUUGAUGUCUAAACGUUCACCAUGCCUUGCUUCUUAUAUAACUAAAUUGCAAUUAUCGACAAAAAAACAAAACGUUAGUCUUAUUUCAAAUAUAAGACAGAACCAGUUAAUUGGAUCACUUGCUUCAGCAAUAAGAACAUCAAUACAAGAAGAACUAAAAACUGCUCGGUUUUUUAGCAUAUCAAUUGACUCAACUUUUGAUUUAUCUAGGAAGGAACAAAUUUCAUUUGUUGUACGCUAUGUAAAUUCAACAGUUGGAACUGUAUCUGAGCGGUUAAUAGCGCUAAGAGAAUCAUCAGUUACGACUGGCUUUCAAUUAUUUAAUAUUUUUGAAAAACUAUGUGUUGAUUUAUCUAUUGAUUGGGAACAGUAUUUAGUGGGACAGUCUUAUGAUGGUGCUCAGAAUAUGAGAGGUGAAUUCCAAGGAUUAAAAACUUAUGUACAACAAAAAUGUCCGUCUGCAACUUUUAUUUGGUGUCACGCACAUAGGCUAAACUUAAUUGUUGCCAAGUCUGUUGGUUGCAAUAUAAAUGCCAUAGAUCUUUUUGGUAAUCUAGAGUCAGUAUACAAUUUUAUAUGUGGAAGUAAAAAAAGAGUGGCUAUUUAUGAAACUAAACAAGAUUGUUACUGCAGUAAAAGAACUCGUAGGCUCAAGCGAGUUGCUACAACACGUUGGAUGUCGCAUGGAUAUGCCCUUGAUUCAAUAUUAGAAACAUUUGAAGCUGUCAUUGAAACUCUAGAUGAUGUCAGGAAUAAUGAAGGCUGUAAUGACCAAAGUACUGGACAUAUUGCUGGUUGUCUUAUAGAAUACCUUCUUUCUAGACGGUUUUUGUUAAUCGCAUUUUGUUUUAAAUACAUUUUUGAGAUUCUUGGACCAGUCAACAUUUUAUUACAAAGUAAGGAUCUUGACUUACUUUCGGCAAUGAACAGCAUACAUAAUGCUCAGCUAGAUAUUCAGAACCUUCGUGAUGGUAAUAUUUUUAAUAAGAUAUUGAUUGAUGUUAAUAAUUUUAUAAACAAGUUUAGCCAAUUUGAAUUUUCUGAUAAGCUUAAUCAGAGAAUUCGUCGUAAAAAAAAAAUGCCAGGCGAAGAGGUUUCUGAUGAUCCUAUAAUAGAUCCAUUAGAAAACUUUAGAGUCAAUACAUUUUAUGUUUGUUUGGACAUAAUAAAUUCAGCAUUUGAUGAAUACUUUGAUAAUAGUUCAAUUGGAAUUUAUAAAGAUUUAUCAUUGUUCAGUAAAAAAAGGCUAGAUGAAGUAAAAAAGAAUCCAGCAUCACUUCCAAAAGAUGCUUUUUCAAUGUUUUGUAAGGUUUAUGGAAAGUAUGUUGAUCAAGACUGUUUAAACAAAGAGUACAUUCAUUUUUCAAAGAUUUUUACCUCAUUUGAAGAAAAUAUUAAUCUGCCCAAAUAUUUGCAUGGAAAAGACCUCAUAGAAAAAGAAGGAGAAGAAGAAUUUUCAUCAGAAUCAGAAUCAGAUAAUGAAAUUGAAAUGGAACCUAGAAAAGUGCUUAAUGUAGGGAGUAUGAAAGCACUGUAUCAAAUUUUUCAUGCUGGUAACUUGGGUUCAGUGUUUCCAACUCUUAAUAAUGCCCUUCAAAUUGCUUUGACACUUCCUGUUUCAAGUGCUUCUACAGAACGGGCAUUUUCAAAGCUCAAAAUAAUUAAAACUCGUUUAAGAACUACCAUGAAUAACACACGUUUAGAAGAUUUGAUGUUAAUCACAUGUGAACAAGACAUGUACAAAAAUUCAAACAAAGUUUUAGAAAUCUUUGCAUCAAACAGUACUGAACUAUGUAAAAUGAUAAUUUAA